GAAAGUGGACGAUUUUACAAAAUCGCUUAAAUAAACGAUUGCAGUGAAAAUGGAGUAUUCGGCAGUGAUUAAGGAAGAGGAUGAUGUUGAAAGCGCAAAAAUAUGUAGACGGUGUAUGUCGACUGGUGAUGCUUUGGAAGCUCUAACGCGCGACGAAGCCGGACAGUUUACCGGUCUGCAGAUUAAGUUCGAACCUGGAAUUCCGUCGCAUUUGUGCACGAUGUGUGGAUCGCGUUUGAAAAACCAUCUUGACCACUCCGCCGAACAAAUGGUUGGCACGGAAUUGUCAAUUAAAACUGAAGUUACCCCACCGGAUGCAGCGAAGGAUUUGCACUUGAAUCAGAAGUGUUGUAGUAUUCAUGAAGCGAACAGGACUUAUGAAUGUUGUGGUAAAAUACCUGAUGAUUUACUCGAGGCGAAGGAAAAUCCCAUUGCAAUCAAAGCAGAGGACGAAGAGGUCGAUAAGCAGCAACAGCCGCAAACAACGAAUGAUGUUCAUGAACAGGAUAACCUCAAAAGUCCUCACAAAAAACAAAAGCACCAUUGUCCUUAUUGUUCCACAACAUAUACAAAUGUAAAAACCUUAGACAUUCACAUACGCACUCACACUGGCGAAAGGCCUUAUGUGUGUAAAGUCUGUGACAAAGCCUUCCAUUCAUCAAGUAAUCUGACAAAUCAUUCAAAAGUUCACAAUCAGGCAAUUCACAAUUCGCAUCAGUGUCCUCAUUGCUCUUUAAAGUUUCUAUGGGUAUCUAGCCUAAAUAAUCAUAUGCGCACUCACACCAUCGAAAGGCCAUUCAAGUGUAAAGUUUGUGACAAAGCCUUCUAUUCAUCCUCCGUUCUGACAGAACAUUCGAAAGUUCACAAUAAGGACCAACAGCAUCAGUGUCCUUAUUGCUCUUUAAGGAUUCCAUGGUUAUCUAGCCUAAAGAUUCAUAUCCGUACUCACACCGGCGAAAAGCCAUACAAGUGUAAAGUCUGUGACAAAGCUUUCCAUUCAUCACCCAAUAUGACGCUACAUUCGAAAAUUCACAAUAAGGACCAACAUCAUCAGUGUCCUCAUUGCCCUUCAAAGUUUGCCACUUUAUCAACGUUAAAUGUACAUAUCCGCACUCACACCGGCGAAAAGCCAUACAAGUGUAAAGUCUGUGAUAAAGCGUUUGCGACAUCAAGCAGUCUGUCUGUUCAUUCGAAAAUUCACAAUAAGGACCAACAUCAUUAGU